UGCGUCUAACAGGAAGUUUCCCCACAAGAUCCAUGCAAAUCAUCUGCUACAUGAAUGAGUCCUACAAGCUCGAUCGCGACUCGUUUGUCUGAGACAAUUUACUAAUGAAUUCAGAAGAGGAUGUCAUCCGAAUUAACCGUAGACUUCGAAAAUCAUCAGCAUUACCCUGAGAUGGACAGUGAGACAGGCAUCAUGUCUAUCGACCACGGAGGAGAGUGGGACAUCAGCCUCUUUGAUGAGUUUGAUGACCUGGGGGAUGCCGAUGAUCUGUUUCAGGCCCUGGAGCAUGCUGGCUACGUCAGUGACGCUCCAGACCUGGACUUUGAUAUCGACAUACCUCCGUGGAAUCAAGUGGACACAAGCAGCACCUGCACAGAUGGCGAGGUGAGCGUGGACUCUCUGUCACCUGCCCACACUCUGAGCUCUGUCCCCUCUCCUUCCUCUGUGGAAGCCCUGUCCCCAUACUCCUUGCAAGAUGAAGCCUUGUCUCCACAAUGGCAGCCCUCUCCUGUGACAGUCUGCUCUGAGUCCAGUGGCUUCUCUGUAAUCUCUCCCGCAGCUAAGAAAGCUCCCAAGAGGACCAGCCAGACUGCACGAGCCAGGCAAGCUCAGCCAACCAAGAGGCCGAUUCAGAUCGGCCCGAAGGUUUCCAUCCAGCCGAAGCCGCUGAUCACAACUGUGCCCCUGGCUCAUGCAGCAGCUCCCCUGCAGGCCAAGACAAUCAUCAUCCAGCCCCUGCAGACCACUGUGCUGCCUGUGGUCAAACAAGCGCCAGUCAACAUCCAACCAGCGCCCCCUCCAGGACAUCCCAUAGUGCUGUCUCAGCCAAGCCAGGUGCUACAGAUCCAGACACAACGGGCUGUUACUGCCAAUGUGGUCACCAUGCCAACGCUCAGCCAGGACAUGUCCGUCCCUGUCGCUACUCCUCAGGCGGUCUCUGUCACACUUCGAGCUCCUUCCUCAGAUGAUGAUUCCAAGUUGUCCCAGAGGCAGCAGCGCAUGAUAAAGAACCGUGAGUCAGCGUCCCUGUCUCGGAAAAAGAAGAAAGACUAUCUGCUCUCGCUGGAAGCUCGCCUGAAAGUGGCGCUGUCUGAGAAUGAGGUGCUCAAGUGUGAGAAUGGCAACCUCAAGAGGCAGCUGGAGGGUCUGUUAAGCGAGAACACAACACUAAAGGUGACAGCGCCAAAGAGGAGAGCAGUGUGUCUCAUGGCGGUGUUGCUGUUUGUUGCGCUCAACGUUGGACCAAUGAGUUUGUUUCAGGGAGGCCCGGGCUCAAAGCUCGGAUCUGUUUCCACGCAGCACAGCGGCAGACACCUGUUGGGUUUCUCCUCUGAAGCAGAAACUGAGGUCGGGAUGGGCCCCGAUCCCCUCGCCAGCAGCCCCUCUGAGAUGGCUGACAGCUCUGAGGAUAAGGCCCUGAUGGUGGUGAAGGAUCCCAUCUUCCUCCGACCGCCUCCCCCCUGCCAGCCUCCUGUUAACAGGACCAAGUGCUUAGAGUUGGCCCAUGAGUUGCGGGGUUGGGUCCACCGUCAUGAAGUGCAGCAGACCAAAUCCAGACGCAUGAGUAACAGCAAUCACAAACCCACCAGGACCAUUUUGAAAACAGAGAAUAAGGAGUCUGAUGGUGCUCAGAUUGUGACAGUCCAAUACACAAAAACUACUGAGGAAAAGAAUCCUGGCAAUGAGCUGCAGGUAUACUAUGCACCUUAUCACACCUACAGUGACUUCUUCGAUGAGAUUAAUCGUCGUGGUGACACUUUCUAUGUCGUGUCUUUCCGCCGGGAUCAUCUUCUACUUCCUGCCACCAACCACAACAAAGGAAGUCGACCCAAGAUGUCAGUGGUGUUGCCAGCUAUGAACAUAAACGACAGCAUCAUAAGGGACAAAGACUUUGAGGUGAUGAUGCAGAUUGACUGUGAAGUAACGGACACCAGGAUCCUCCACAUCAGGUCUUCCACCAUCCCUCCUUUGCUUCGUGUCAACCGCACUGACACAUUUUACCAGCACUCCUCGCCUGACAAUCAGGCCACGCCUCCUGUCGGUGUGCUGAUGGGGUCUGCUUAAGAUCACUCAGCAGCACCUGCUAUUAUUUAUAAGGCCUCAACAAAACCUAUGAAAACAGAAGAUAAGACCUCAGUUUAAGGACAACUUCAGGAUUUUUCAACCUGGACCCUAUUGCUCAUGUUUUUUUGUCUAAGUGACUAAUACGAAAAACAAUUUUUGAAGUUGCUCCAGUUUGAGCAAGAGCACUGCAGAUGCGUCUGCUGGCUGCAAUGCCAUUACUCAAUACUGGACCAAUUUCAAUAUUAGUUAUUCCAGUUAGUCACUUAGACACAAAAACAUUGGAAAACGAGGCCCCAGCUGAAAAAUACCGAAGUUGCCCUUUAACGCUUUUUUGUGUGUGAUGAAGUAUAUUUUAAAUCUGGUGAACUCCCACUGACUUUUUGAUUUAGAUUUGAAUGAAAUCCGUUAUGGUACAAAAGGUAGCUCAAAUUGUCCACACUGGUCAGCCGCAUUCUUUAUCAGGGCUGAUAUCCGGAGGCAGUCUGUAAUAGGUCCGAGCGGACGCAGGCUCCUUGUGUGGCAACACUGACUUCUCCCUGUAACCCCAGACGCCCCGCACAAGGGUAAUUGCCUAGCGGCAGGGGGCUGAGCAUUGAACCCUGAGUCACCCCGUCAUAACACAAAUACUUUUACCCCAUAGCAGCUCUCCUCAUGUCUGCUCUUCCCUUUUUGGGUAUUAAUCUUGGGAACGAGCUGCAAAGCCAAGAGAGAAAACAGAAAAUUAUCAAACACCUCACCGGAAAGGCAUUUGUCACAUUAAUGCUUAGAAGCACAACAAAUUCUGUGUUUGUAUCAUAGCUACACAAUGGAGCAAUGCAAUAGUUGUAGUGGUCUGUUUGCCUCUCUAAAUAAAGCAAAUUAUGAAAACAGUGAAACAGUGACAGAUUAAUUACACACAGCAAUAGAAGCAUUGGGUAAACUCAGGAAGUCAGGUGAUCUGUGGGAGCUAAACCACUAUGUCUUUGGCUGGUUUCCAAUCAUUUAAGGUUUUCAGGUGCUCUGUUUUAAGCGUUGUUCGUUUUGGGGGGUCUUUGCACUGUGCUUCUCUUAUAUCAAUGACAAGAUUCAGAUACUUUACGUAUUUAUUUCUAUUAUUAUCUAAGAGUAAUGCCAACUCCUGUGGUUUAAAGCAAUUUACUAAUUUCUGCAGUCAGAAUCUCCACAGUAAAGAUUUAUUGAUUUUAUAUUUACUGUCUUAGUCUGAUUAUGCUUUGUGGGAACUUUUUAUUCUGUGAUGGAAAACUAUACGGCAUAUUGUAUAUAAAAUAAUAAAUGGUGGAUACGAAGGAAACAAUGUAAAUGUUAGUACCAGGAGAUGUCUUUAGUGUCAGUUCACUGGGUGCACAUUGUGAUGUUUUAUCUCAGAAAAAAAAAAAGUAUCCUCAUCAUAUUCGAAACCUCUGCCUUAACAGUUGAGCUGAAACAGCAAAACUUUGAUUUGGGAAAAAAAGAGUAAGUCCUGACUCUUCCGUCCACAGGCUUAAUGGCACUUUUCUUUGGUGCACUCAGGCCUAUAUUAUAAUUGCAACUCACUAGAAAUUCCCUCUUUUUGAAAUUUUGUGAUGGAGUUAUCUGUGAGUUUUUAGUACUAAUUUGUUGUAAAGAUUUGCACUAUAAAUGCAGAACCUGAUAGGAUCAGUUCUGGCUUUAAAUGCCUCAUAUUAAUGUCUGUAAUUUUGUUUGACUACCUAUAAAAUCGGGGUAAUUUGAUAUCAAACGGGAAAUUCUAAAUCAUCGGAAUUAGUAUCUUUUUGUAUAUGCUGAUAAAAAACAACAAACUUUACUUCCAACGUAUGAAAGUGCUUUUCUUUUAGCUACGUGUUUAUUCAGAUGGUUAUGUUUUAGCUCAACAGAUGCCCAUAAAAAGUGUUUAAAACAUGCCCCUCUGCUUGUGUUUUCUUAAGCCAGGCCGCCUGUGUGUGUAUUUUUUUUCAAAAUUCUAAAAUAUAUCGAAAUCACUGCAGUGUUUUCGCUGCAUCCCAACAGUACUUAGGGAACAGAACAAGAGGACAAUUUAAAACUUGUGUGGUUUUGUUUUUUGUAUUCUAUUAUGUGCAUAAACCAAAAUAAAC